AUGGCAAACAGCAAAUACGAGUAUGUCAAGUCUUUCGAAGUUGAAGACGAGAUCAUGCUUCCUAAUCUCAUUGUUGUCCUAAUUGGAGGCCACGAUUUUCGAAGAUUCAGUGAAGUUCACGAAUUUGAGAAGCCAAACGAUGAGAAAGCCUUGAAAUUGAUGAACUCAUGUGCUACUUUGGUUUUACAAGAAUUCCCUGAUAUUGUCUUCUCUUUUGGCUUCAGUGACGAAUAUAGUUUUGUUUUCAAGCAGACAACUAAGUUCUACCAGAGACGAGCCAGCAAAGUUGUUUCCAUCAUUGUAUCUUUCUUCACCUCUGCAUACACCACAAAAUGGAAAGACUUCUUCCCCGAGAAAGAAUUGAAAUACCCCCCUUCAUUUCAUUCCCGGGCUAUAGUCUGUGCAUCCCUAGAGGUUCUACAAGAAUAUCUUGCGUGGAGACAACAGCAUUGCCAUAUUACCAAUCAGUACAGCACUUGUCUUUGCAAGCUCGUUAAAAGUGGAAAGACUGAAAAGGAAGCGCUUGACAUUUUGAAGGGAACUCAGAAACAAGAGCGAAAUGAGCUUCUCUACCGACAGUUUGGUAUCAACUACACAACUCUUCCUCAGAUAUUUCGUCAGGGUUCUUGUGUUCUCAAGAAUGAGGUAGAGGAUAUUGUGAAGUACAGUGAGAAUGGAACACCUGUUAAAAGAAUGCGGAGGGAUGUAACAACAGUCCAUUCAAAGAAUAUUGCUGGAAGAAAAUUUUGGAAUGAGCACCCAAGUCUUCUUAAAGAGCUGGGUGGUUUUACGAAGGAUGUUGGCAAAAUUAAUUCAGAUUACGUUAGAUUUUCUGAAGUACAUGACUUUGAGAAGCCAAAUGAUGAGCAAGCUCUGAACCUUAUGAAUUCAUGUGCAGUGGCCGUUCUACAAGAAUUUCCAGAUGUUGUUUUUUCUUAUGGUGUCAGUGAUGAGUACAGCUUUGUGUUGAAGAAGGAUUCUCAGUUUUGCCAAAGGAAAGCAAGCAACAUUGUGUCUAUUAUGGUAUCAUUCUUCACCUCAACGUAUGUGAUGAAUUGGAAAGCAUUCUUCCCCCAGAAAGAAUUGAAAUAUUCUCCGGCUUUUGAUGGAAGGGCUGUAUGCUAUCCAUCAACUGAGAUUCUUCGACAUUACCUGGCCUGGAGACAAGUUGAUUGCCACAUCAACAAUCAGUACAAUACUUGUUUCUGGAUGCUUGUUAAGUCUGGAAAAAGCAAAAGUGAAGCUCAACGUGUUGAAGAGGAUGGACAAGAUUUGGAUGUUCAUCUCAUAUUUGUGUUUCUCAAUUCUUUUGUUCUGCAGGGAACUCAAGCGCAAGAGAAAAAAGGAAUGCUUGCUCAGUUUGGUAUUGAUGACUACAAUGCAUUACCAGUCAUGUUUCGGCAGGGUUCUUCCGUUUUCCUGGAUGACCGGGUCCUAUAUGGAAACAGAGCAUCUGGUGAAAAACCUUGUAACAAAGUAAUUGUAGAACAUUGUAAUAUAAUUGAGCAGAGCUUUUGGGAAGAACACCCAAGCAUCCUUGAUGAGAUAGAGGACGUAGGUAAAGUUGGAAGUGAUUUGUACCUUGCUUCCUUGCAAUAUUAUCAUAUCGUGUCUACAGCAAUGAGAUAG